UCCGGGCCCCCGGGCAGCCCGCGGGCGCAGCGCCCAGCAGCACCGGGAGUCGGUCAGACGCCGGUUCGGAGCCACUGCGGCGUGGCGUCGCCGGGCCCGGAAAAGUUCGGGACCGGAAGAGAGGCGACGCCGGGCGGCGGGACCCAUGGAGGCGCGCGGGGAGCUGGGCCCGGCCCGGGAGUCGGCGGGCGGCGACCUGCUGCUAGCGCUGCUGGCGCGGAGGGCGGACCUGCGCCGAGAGAUCCCGCUGUGUGCCGGCUGUGACCAGCACAUCCUGGACCGCUUCAUCCUCAAGGCUCUGGACCGACACUGGCACAGCAAGUGCCUCAAGUGCAGCGACUGCCACACGCCACUGGCCGAGCGCUGCUUCAGCCGAGGGGAGAGUGUUUACUGCAAAGACGACUUUUUCAAGCGCUUCGGGACCAAGUGCGCCGCGUGCCAGCUGGGCAUCCCGCCCACGCAGGUGGUGCGCCGUGCCCAGGACUUCGUGUACCACCUGCACUGCUUUGCCUGCGUCGUAUGCAAGCGGCAGCUGGCCACGGGCGACGAGUUCUAUCUCAUGGAGGACAGCCGGCUCGUGUGCAAGGCGGACUAUGAAACCGCCAAGCAGCGAGAGGCCGAGGCCACGGCCAAGCGGCCGCGCACGACCAUCACUGCCAAGCAGCUGGAGACGCUGAAGAGCGCCUACAACACCUCGCCCAAGCCGGCGCGCCACGUGCGCGAGCAGCUCUCGUCCGAGACGGGCCUGGACAUGCGCGUGGUGCAGGUUUGGUUCCAGAACCGCCGGGCCAAGGAGAAGAGGCUGAAGAAGGACGCGGGCCGGCAGCGCUGGGGGCAGUAUUUCCGCAGCAUGAAGCGCUCCCGCGGCGGCUCCAAGUCGGACAAGGACAGCGUCCAGGAGGGGCAGGACAGCGACGCCGAGGUCUCCUUCCCUGAUGAGCCUUCCUUGGUGGAAAUGGGCCCGGCCAACGGCCUCUAUGGGAGCUUGGGGGAGCCCACCCCGGCCUUGGGCCGGCCCUCGGGAGCGCUGGGCAACUUCACACUGGAGCACGGAGGCCUGGCAGGCCCAGAGCAGUAUCAAGAGCUGCGCCCCAGCAGCCCCUACGGCGUCCCCCCAUCCCCUGCCGCCCCUCAGAGCCUCCCCGGCCCCCAGCCCCUCCUCUCCAGCUUGGUGUACCCAGAUGCCAGCUUGGGCCUUGUGCCCUCAGGAGCCCCAGGCGGGCCCCCGCCCAUGAGGGUGCUGUCCGGGAACGGACCCAGUUCCGACCUCUCCACGGGGAGCAGCGGGGGUUACCCCGACUUCCCUGCCAGCCCCGCCUCCUGGCUGGAUGAGGUGGACCAUGCUCAGUUCUGACCCAGGCCCGGCUCCACCCAGCACCGGACACUGGAGAGCUGCCCCUGCGUGGGUGGCUCGGGGCAGCUGGGGCCUCUGAGGAAGUGGGGCCAGGGCGUCAAGGGAGGGCUGGUGCCUUCGGAGCCUCCCACCGCCAACCACACAGCUCCCUCCCUGGGGGGCUGAGGGACCCACCUGGCCCCUCCUCCGACACAGGGCUGGCCCGUAGGUGGCCCCCCAGCAAGCCGCCUGUUUUGUAAGCAAAUUUCUCCCCUUUGUUGACCAAUUAGCUGAGCACCUGCUGCUGUUUCUAGACAUGAAAUGUCACCUUGCUGAGGCCCAGCCCAGCAUAGCCCAGGGGCUGGAAAAACUCUUUCAUUUCCAGAACUGAGAAAUCUUCAUGAUCUCACCUUCACUUCCCAGGCUCCAUCUCUCUCGGAGCCGUUACCCUAAGCCUCCCUCUUUAGGUCAGAGAUUGGCCUUGCCUAUCCCGGGAGGAGGCAACAGAGGUGGGGACACACCUGAGUCCUCCGGGAGAGGCCCCCUCCUCUCCCCGGGCCAAGGUGGGGCAAGCCUCCCUGCCUCCAGCCCCGCCUUCCCCGGGAACAGCUUUUCCCAAUGCCAGGUCUCUAGAUCUUUCUGUUUUUGAGUGCCCUGUGGAGGAGGCAGAAAUGCCUGGGGCCCCUUCUCUCCAAGCUCAAUUCUCUAAGCCCCUCAGGGUCUCCACCCCAACCCCACACCAGGCCCUCGGUGUCCAGGCUGCACCCACAGAUGUCGGUUGCCAAACAACCAUGCUCUCCCUGCUGAGCCGGCUCGGCCAGCCCCCGAUGGGGAAGUCUCCCCCUGGAGAAGGCUGGGGCUCCUUUGAGCCUGCCCUGCCUCCGCCAUCAGAUCCUUUGGGAAGAAGUUUCUGGGAGGCGUCUGCAGCUGUGCUUGCCCCAGACACAAAGGCUGACCCGCGUGUAAGUCAAAGUCACUCCCACAAACCUCAGUCUCGAGCUACCUAUUGGUUCUGUGAAUGUUCCGUGUCUUUUAUUUAUUCUCGGGUGAUCAGCUCUUUCCAAGACUUCAAUAAAUUUGUCAGUUACGGUCAA